CUGCGAAACACACAUCAUCUCCCGUCGAUCUAGAUUAUUAUUCACCGAGAACCACUUUCCACCUCGCACUACUUUCUUUUCCUCGUCCGGGGCCCGUGUCCCCACUCUGACCGAAAAGGCUCCGCUGCAUUAGCCCGUCCGCCCACGGCUGAUCGCUCUCAAUCCGGACCACCCAAUCCACCAAAUUUCUGUCGCUGUCCCCGAGGACCACCUCUGUGACUCAAGCCAAAAGGUCGAUCUCAGUUCGAACAACAACAUCCCUUCCCCUGCUUGUCUCUUGCCUCGGCGGCCAAUCAUUGUCGCCCAUUCGUUUGUUACUUGAGAUCUCUGUGGUGUCCAGGCACUGUCAGCCACUUCUCAUACAAUAAUCCUGAGCCCGCCCUAUCCCUGGAUUCCCCGUGAGGUCGUCCGUCCACCUCCCUCUCUCUGUCUUCGUCUAUUUCCUGUCCGUGCGGCGUGCGUAAUCUAAGGCGCUUUCCACCUUUCCCCGUGGCUUCCCUCGGGUCCAAGAGGCAUCUCGAAGGGAAACAAUUAUAUUGAGUGUACACCGACGCCCCCGGCUCCCCCUCUUUUACCGCCAAAUAGCCUGGGGCCGUGAUAUGGUUCCUUCUUACACAAUGGACCCCAACACUGGCUAUCCCGCUGGCUAUCCCGUGCCGACUCAGACUCCCCCGAACCAGAUGCCCUUCUAUCCGAAUUCGAUGCCCCAGUACCCCCAGUCCAAGACGCCUCUCCAGCCUGUCCAACAACAACAGCAUUCCUUUGGUGCCAUGCCCAUGCAGCCGGGUGGCCCUGGGGGAGCUAUGAUGCCUACUGGCUAUCCCCCGCAGACAUCUGUUUCUAUGGACGCGUUCACAUCACCUUUCACCCAACCUCCCCUCCCCGCCAACAUGACCCCAUUCUCUCAGCCAGGCACCAUGCCUAAUGGACCCUCGGCCGUCCAACAGGCAUUUUCUCAAAACAUGGCUUCGAUCCAACAAAAUAACCUCCUUGCCAACCAGCCGAAGCCUCCUCAGAUGAAUUCUCCCCAGAUACCUCAAACCAGGACCCCAGUUCAAGCCCAAUCCCCAGCGCAAUAUCAAGCCCAAGCCCAGGCUCAGGCUCAGGCUCAAAUGGCGGCCCGUGAGAAGGCCCGCGUCACCACCCUGCUUGACAUCAACACGACCCUAUUACAGGAGGUGGUCAAUCUACAAGCAUCUGGAAAGGCAGGGACAGCAUCCCCUGGUGAUGCCAACGCGUCUCCAACUGAUCAGGGCGGGGAUGCUGCCAAGGCACAGGGCUCCAAGCCAAGUCCAGAGUACAUUGAGUGCAUGCGCCGACUUCAGGCCAAUUUGGCCUACCUUGCAACGAUAGCCGAUCGCGCGAAGAAGUCGGGUGGUGUUGCCCCUCAAGCUCCAGCGAUCAUGACACCUCCUUCGAAUGUCCCCGCUGUUCAUGACCUGUACACCAAGUUGAACGAGCUUUUCCCACGAACGGGCAAGGGCUCGACUCCUCAAACGCUCAGCCCAGGUGGUAUGCAAGGCAAUGGCGGGCCUAGCCCAUCGCCAGUAUCGGAAGUGGUCUGAAGAAGAUUGUGAGGUUUGUGCCUCAUAAAUUGUCCUCGUGAGCAAGCUUCUCGUCUUCUCUGGUACUGCUAUGAUCUUCAUUUCCCAAUCCCGUCUUGUCAGGACGGGUAAAUCGGAGCACGAUGCCCCCCCUUCCUCCUCCUUUGGCAUCUCUCCACACAUGAACAUCCGAAUGGAGGAAGAACCCUCAGGAGCGGCGCCACCCGUCCAUUCGGCGGCCCGUCCUGUCUGCGCCACCCCAGCGAGAGGUCCUGCCCAGCUGGUUGGUACAUUGGUGUGGUACAGCGUACCUCAUCAUGUGGAAUGUUUGCGCGCUCUGGCCACAUUCAAGAAAAAUAGAACUUCCUAUCUAAUCAGGCCAUGCAGAUGAAUCCAGCCAGAGAGCCGCCUCGAGUAUGGCUACUGUAAUCGUUGUUUCAUCUGAUCUUUUGCUGGAGGCUUUUUGACAUGUCCAUACCUCUGCUUCAUUUGUUCAUUAUGCCAUGCGCCAUGACUUUGGACGAAGUUGGGGGGAACUUCAUAAUCCUAUGUAUUCUAGUUAACUUUAAAAAGAUAUGUCUCAGUUACUACAUGAAGCUUUGUCUAGCAAUAGUUAAUCAUGUGGCGUACAUCCAUGGCUGCAUAGAUAUGGACAUGAGCAAUCUGAU